UUGAAAGUCUUCUUCAUGGACAGUUAUGGCGAAAUGUUGACAUGAAGUAUGCCCGAGCCUCGCGUUAGAAAGGGCUCUGCGUGUUUCUGCCGCCAUGACACAGUCCGUUGUUGUCCAGAUGGGCCAGUGCGGCAACCAGGUCGGCUGCAGGUUCUGGGAUCUUGCUUUGCGAGAACACGCCCAUGUCAAUAAAAAUGGAUUGUAUGAUGAUGCACUCGGUAGCUUUUUCAGAAACGUGGACUCAAGGGAAAGUGAUGGGGGAGCCUGUGGGAUUGGUGGGAGAAUCCAGCGUCUGAAGGCCAGGGCAGUGCUGGUGGACAUGGAAGAGGGUGUGGUCAACGAGAUCCUGCAGGGCCCAUUGAGAGAGUUGUUCGACAGCACUCAGCUCCUCACAGGCGUGUCAGGUUCAGGCAACAACUGGGCAGUCGGACACAUGACUUAUGGCUCGGCCUACAGGGAGCAGAUAGUGGACACGCUGAGGAAGGCAGCAGAACACUGCGACUGUCUGCAGUGCUUCUUCCUCAUUCACUCUAUGGGAGGAGGUACGGGCUCCGGCCUGGGGACCAGGGUGCUGGGCCUGCUCGAGGAGGAGUUCCCCGAGGUGUGCCGCAUCGUCUCCUCCAUCUAUCCGUCUGCGGAGGACGACGUCGUCACCUCCCCCUACAACAGCGUCCUGGCCAUGAGGGAACUCACGGAGCACGCCGACUGUGUCCUGCCGGUCGAAAACCAAUCGCUGGUUGACAUUGUGAACAAGAUCAGGCAAAUGUCUCACGGUGGGAGGCCAGGGUCGGCGAUCAAGAGGGACAGCGCCGUCAUCUCCGGGCAGGGCGGGCUCAGCGGGGCGGAGAAGCCCUUCGAUGCUAUGAAUAAUAUCGUGGCUAACCUGCUGCUCAAUAUUACCAGCUCCGCUCGUUUCGACGGAUCCCUAAACAUGGACCUGAACGAGAUCGCCAUGAACCUGGUGCCCUUCCCUCGUCUGCACUACCUGGUGCCCAGCUUGACCCCUCUCUACACGCUGGCUGACGUCAGUGUCCCCACCAGAAGACUGGAUCAGAUGUUCAGCGACGCCUUCAGUAAAGACCACCAGCUGAUCCGAGCCGACCCGAAACGCUGCCUCUACCUGGCCUGCGCCCUCAUGGUCAGGGGCAACGUGCAGGUGUCCGACCUCCGCAGGAACAUCGAGAGACUGAAGCCCUCGCUGCCCUUUGUCUCGUGGAACCAGGAGGGCUGGAAGACGGGCCUGUGUUCGGUGCCUCCCGUGGGCCACUCCCACUCCCUGCUGGCCCUGGCCAACAACACCUGUGUGAAGACCACGUUCAUGGAGCUGAGGGAACGUUUCACCAAGCUCUACAGGAAGAAGGCUCACCUCCACCACUACCUGCAGGUCGAAGGAAUGGAGCAGAGCUUCUUCUCAGAGGCUUUGGGCUCUCUCAGCUCGCUGAUUGAAGAGUACCACGAGCUGGACGCCACCAAGGGCAGACUUAUGCCUGACGCACCCAGACUCAGCAUCGCCACAUGAAGGCUUCCUGAUUGUUUUCACCUGUCAUCACACCUGUCUCCUAUGCUCAUCAGUGUCAGCCCCGCCCCUGAUUGGUCCCACCUGUGUCUUGUUACCAUGUGCUUAAAUUCCCCUGUCUCCCAGUGUUCCUUGUCAGUUCGUCUGGUCUUUUGCCAUGAUCAGGUCGGGUUAUGUUGUGCUCUUGAAAAGUUUUUGAUCCCUCACUACGUGAGCGCUUUCAUUUUGUUCACUGCAGAACCGAAAAAUAAAGUACUUACAAAUACUUUA